AUGAGGAAGCAGACAGGCUCUCAGAAGGCCACCAUGUACACAGAGUACCAGUCCAGCUACCGCGCUCCCAGCUGCUACACGGCUGUCACCUCCACAACCACACAGAAAAACCCCUACCACCCACUGAAGGGGACUGGAGACGAACUCACCACCAUUAGAACAUAUUAUGUCACCAAAAAAAUGACCAAAAGUACACCGAAAGUCUCACGGCCACCAUCGCCACCGAAACACAUGAAGCCCACAGUAACCAGAACUCCACCCAAGGGUGACUACACCACCGUGUAUCAAAACGAUUUCCAGGCUUGGACAGACAGCAAGCGGCAGCCAUUCAAGCUGAAAGACAACUUCAGCGUUAGCAAAGGAUUUACUGUCCCGGAGAGCAUUUCCAAAUUAGAGAAAAAAUACAUGUCAUUAAAUACCAACUCAUCCCAACCGAAGCAAGAACGAAAGGCUUUCGACGGCAUCAGCAGCUACAGAUCGGACUACGUGGCUCACCCGGUGCAGCCGCGGCAGCGCCGGACGGCCCCCGCCUACCAGCCCGGCAGAGGCCUACCCAUGGAGGCCCCUUCAGCCAAGCCCAAGGCCGCGUGCCCCACAAGUCACGACCAUCUCGAUAGAGCCACGGAAUUCUUUGACAAUUUUAAAUCCUGGUCCCUUAAAAACCAGCUCCAGAAUCAAAAUGCUGAAUCCAAACCUCCAGCAGAGUGUCUGUCCUCGGCCCGCGCAGACCGCGAAACACCCAGGCCUCACAGCGCCAAGCCCGCUCAGCCCCCUCCGGGGUCCGGCCAGGGGGGCCAGAGGGGCGUGCACUCCUUCCACGCGGCGGUCAGCGUGCAGGAGUGCUGCCGAGCCUGGGACGGGCCGCAGCGCUGCACCCCUGUCCAUAAAACAGAGCUGGACUGGCCCAUGAAAACCACGUUUUCCCAGUGUAAACCCAAGCCCGCCGAGGCGAAGCCGGCCUCCCCGGGCCUCCGUCCCGCAGCCUUCCCGUCCAGCUGCGGCCCCACGGAGACGCGCCAGUCUCCCUUCCACUGCUCAGCCAGCAUGUACUGGUCCAGCCCUUUGGACCGGGGACUGGCCUGGUUUUUAGCGGAGGUCAAAGCUUCGUGA